UUUACGAGUUGUGUAUUUAACAGACAGAGGUUAGCUUCGGGACUAUGGAGGCGCUCAUACCCGUCAUUAACAAGCUGCAAGACGUGUUUAACACGGUCGGGGCGGACAUUAUUCAGUUGCCGCAGAUAGCCGUUGUUGGAACUCAGAGCAGUGGGAAGAGUUCUGUCCUAGAGAGCUUAGUUGGGAGAGACCUCCUGCCUCGUGGCACUGGCAUCGUCACCCGCCGGCCCCUCAUCCUACAGCUGGUACACAUUGAUGAUGAGGACCGUCGGAAGUCCAGCGAAGAGAAUGGCAUCGAUGGAGAGGAGUGGGGCAAGUUCCUGCACACCAAAAACAAGAUCUAUGCAGACUUUGAUGAAAUCAGGCUAGAAAUCGAAGCUGAGACAGAAAGAGUAUCCGGCAAUAACAAGGGCAUUAGCGAUGAGCCCAUUCACCUUAAAAUCUUCUCACCACGGAUAGUGAACCUCACGCUGGUGGAUCUUCCUGGUAUUACAAAGGUUCCAGUGGGAGACCAGCCCAAAGACAUAGAGCUUCAGAUCCGAGAGUUGAUCCUGAAAUACAUCGCCAACCCCAACUGCAUCAUCUUGGCUGUGACCGCUGCCAACACAGACAUGGCCACCUCAGAGGCCCUCAAAGUCGCCCGGGAGGUUGACCCCGAUGGCAGGAGGACGUUAGCCGUGGUGACCAAACUGGACCUGAUGGAUGCCGGCACUGAUGCCAUGGACGUCUUGAUGGGAAGGGUAAUUCCUGUCAAAUUGGGACUCAUCGGAGUUGUUAACAGGAGCCAGCUGGACAUAAACACCAGGAAGUCAGUUGAAGAUGCAAUCCGCGAUGAGUAUGCCUUCCUGCAGAAGAAGUACCCCUCCCUCGCCAGUAGAAAUGGAACCAAAUACUUGGCCAAAACGCUGAACAGGUUGCUCAUGCAUCACAUCAGAGACUGUCUCCCCGAGUUGAAGACCAGAAUCAAUGUGUUGGCAGCGCAGUACCAGUCCCUGCUCAGCAGUUACGGAGAGCCGGUAGAAGACAAGAGCGCCACCCUGCUACAGCUCAUUACCAAGUUUGCUGCAGAGUACUGCAACACCAUAGAGGGCACGGCCAAGUACAUCGAGACUGCUGAACUGUGUGGUGGAGCGAGAAUCUGUUACAUUUUCCAUGAGACGUUCGGUCGCACACUGGAGUCAGUUGAUCCUUUAGGAGGCCUGACGACCAUAGAUGUGCUCACAGCCAUCAGAAAUGCAACGGGCCCGAGGCCAGCUCUGUUUGUGCCUGAGGUGUCCUUCGAACUGCUGGUGAAGAAGCAGGUGAAGCGUCUUGAGGAGCCCAGUCUGCGCUGCGUAGAGUUGGUCCAUGAGGAGAUGCAGAGGAUCAUUCAGCACUGUAGCAACUACAGCACACAGGAGUUACUGAGGUUUCCAAAACUCCACGAUGCUAUAGUAGAAGUGGUCACCUCCCUCCUGAGGAAAAGACUACCAGUCACCAAUGAAAUGGUCCACAACCUGGUUGCAAUUGAGCUAGCCUACAUCAACACCAAGCACCCCGACUUUGCAGACGCCUGCGGCCUUAUGAACAACAACAUAGAGGAGCAGAGACGCAACAGGAUGAGAGAUCUUCCCUCCGCUGUCCCCCGAGAUAAGGCAGCAGCCAGCGGCUCCCAGAACAACCCCAUCAGUGAGCAGGGUGAAGCGGGUACAGGGAACUGGCGGGGCAUGCUGAGGAAGGGGGAGGACGGCGUAUCCGUAGACAAGGGGGCGCUCCUGCCCAUCCUCCCAUCGAGCCCACAGAAGGGCUACGCUGUCAACCUGCUAGAUGUGCCCGUCCCAGUAGCCAGGAAGCUGUCUGCGCGUGAGCAGAGGGACUGUGAGGUCAUCGAGAGGCUCAUUAAAUCCUACUUCCUCAUUGUCCGGAAAAACAUCCAGGACAGCGUACCUAAGGCGGUGAUGCACUUCCUGGUAAACCACGUGAAAGAUUGCCUGCAGAGCGAGCUGGUUGGUCAGCUCUACAAGGCGGGCCUCCUGGACGACCUGCUGACCGAGUCUGAGGACAUGGCCCAGAGACGCAACGAGGCGGCGGACAUGCUGAAGGCGUUGCAGAAAGCCAGCCAGGUGAUAGCAGAGGUCAGGGAAAUCCACGUAUGGUGAGAUAUAAAUUAAAGAUGGACGUGACAAACCCCCAGCAGAUCAGCGCUCUCAAUCCUUGAAUGCUGCAACAUGAAUGUGCUAUUUUUUUUAAAUGUGUUUCCUGCUAAUACCUCCAGAUUCAUGCACGUCCUCAUUAAAUGUAUUUGAAGAGGUGCAUCUGUGCUGGUUUCCAAAUCGAGGAAAGAAAACGACAUCCAACCAUACACACGAAUGAACAAAACCGUGUUUUAUUUCCGUCAUUCUGUUUACCCGCCCUCCUUCAUCAACGUCUUCCAUUCAGGAAUUCUGUGUCACAGCUCUC